AUGGUUGUUGCUCUCCUGGGAUCGCAGCCCAGCCAAAACCAUUUGCAGAGUGCAGGGUCCGGCUUGUGUGGCGUUGGGCCCCUCGGGUAUUACAAUGGCUUGUUGGCAUUCACUGAGUCUGGGUCAGAAUGUUUGAAUUGGGCAGAGUUCCCUGAUUAUGUCCAGCAGUACCCAGACCGGGGCUUAGGGAACCACAACUACUGCAGAAAUCCAGACAUGGGAGCCACGCCUUGGUGCUUCUACCGGCUUGCUUCUGGAGCAAUUGGCUGGGCCAGUUGUGACUGUAACAAGGACAGCGCUAGGUUGAUGGAGAAUUCCCUCGUUAACCUAGCUAUGGUCUCUCGGGGAGGUGGAUUACCGACGCCGACGGGAGAACCUCUCCUGUUGGGUGGCCCUGCCAGCCUGGCAUCUGAGGGGGAGUACACACCCGGCCAAGGCUUUAUCCUUCUGGACGACAUGGCUUGUACAGGCACAGAGUUCUCUUUCCUGGACUGUCCCCACAGCAACUGGGGGCAGCAUGACUGCUCGCAUGCUGAAGAUGUGGGGGUCCGAUGCUCCCCUGAAACCAACAAGAUCAUCGAAGACACUGCUGGGCCCCCUGUGCGGCUGGCGGAUGGAGAGAGCACCAAGGAGGGGCGGGUAGAGGUGUUCCUGAAUGGGCAGUGGGGCAGUGUCUGCGACGAUGGCUGGACAGACAAGGAUGCAGUUGUGGUUUGCAGGCAGCUGGGUUACAGUGGCGCAGCAAAAGCCAGGACGAUGGCGUAUUUUGGGGAGGGGCACGGCCCCAUCCAUCUAGACAACGUGGAGUGCAGUGGCACAGAGCGCACACUGGGGGAAUGCGUCAAACCCGACAAUGGGAUUCACAACUGCUGGCACAGUGAAGAUGCUGGUGUGAGCUGCGACUAUAUGGAAGAGAAGGCCCAGGACACCAGAAACGCAGGCUCAGCAUCUGGCAUGUGUGGGAUGCACUUGCUUCACCGUCGCAAGAAAAGGAUAAUUGGUGGAAACAAGUCCCUCAGAGGUGGUUGGCCAUGGCAGGCCUCACUGCGGCUAAAGGGGUUUCACAGAGACACUCGUCUGCUGUGUGGCGCCACGCUGAUCCACAGCUGCUGGGUCGUGACUGCAGCGCACUGCUUCAAAAGGUUUGGCACUGAUGUGCACCGCUACCUGCUGCGAGUAGGCGAUUACCACACAGGUGUGAGGGAGGCCUUUGAGAGGGAGAUUCCAGUCGAGAGGAUCAUCCUUCACAGGAACUACCGGUCCAGCAGCAAUGACAAUGAUAUCGCCCUGGUCAGGAUGCGGGGUAGGGGUAGCCACUGCCUCUCCUUCAAUCGCCACGUCCUGCCCAUCUGCCUCCCUGACAGGAAGGAGAAGGCUGCCAUUAACAGGCAGGCCUGCAUUAUCUCCGGCUGGGGAGACACAGGGAAGUCCUAUUCAAGAACAUUGCUCCAGGGCAUGGUGCCCCUUCUCCCAAGAGAAGAUUGUGAGGCUCGUUACGGGGGCAAGUUUACUAACCACAUGAUCUGUGCUGGAAACCUCUCUGAAGAUAAGCGGGUGGAUAGCUGCCAGGGUGACAGCGGUGGGCCACUCAUGUGUCAGAGGUCAACUGGACACUGGGUCAUUCUGGGGAUCAUUUCCUGGGGUUAUGGGUGUGGCCGGAAGGACUCCCCUGGAGUUUACACUAAGGUCAGCAAGUUUGUGCCCUGGAUCAAGAAAGUGACCAAGCUAUAAUGCAAGUCCCUGAGCUCUGAGAUCUUCAUCAUUUAAUCCCUCUUGCCCCUACAGAAUUAAAACUUUGGCCCACACUUGGGAAAUGUAGCUUCCUUCUACCUCCACGGGGGCUGCUGCUUCUGUGUGUACCUGGCAGAGACUUGUUUUG